GCCAACCAGUUGACAAUUUGGCAGAAAAAUGACGCUAAAAUUGCCUUGUAGCUAGUCGGGGAUAGAAUCUCUUCUCCAAAACGCUGUCGCCAAUUCAUGCAAGCUUGGCAGUGGUGGAAACAAUUUAAAGGGCGGCGCUUACCGUUGAAUACGCUUACUGGAGAAUGGAAUGGCUGCCUACGGCAUGACCUGAAAUCUUUUGGGUAGAGGAUCUGUGAACACAAGCACGCCUAUAUAAGCAACCAACACUCCGCUGCGCUAAAUUCUUUCUCGUCAAAACUGAAUAAACCACAAUUUUCCGUGAUAUAUCUCUGAUAUAUAUAUGUACUGAGAGUCAUCUCCAUUUACAAAGCUCCGGUUUUUUGAGAAGCAAUCCACCCGCGAAGAUGAACCGCGUCGCCGCAAGGGGACUCCAUGCUACGGCGCAGAGAGUACUUCAAUAUAGUGGUUCUGUCAACCUCGGAGAUGUUAUUUCGACGAAUGCAGAUGGGGCUGAGUGGUCAGACUCAGUGGACAGUGGAUGCAACAUGAUAGAAAAAGCUGAUCCUCGGAUAAAACAAGCUCACAUUCAGGGUGCGCGGGCACACAGGUCGAGUAAAGACAGAAAUGACUCAAAGGAUGUCAUUACGGUAGCGCUCUUAACCGCCACAGGGACUCGUGUCGGCAGUGCCCAUUUCCACCUUGACGGUUCCUUUAAGUUCUUUCCUUCUCGUGCCGGAAAGCUGGGCGGAUUUGCAGACAACUUGCAGAAAGCGGGUCUCGUGGUAGAAGAGGGAGGGCCUGAGAGGAAUACUGGGGGUGCGGGUGAUGAAAACAAUCCGGCACAGCAAUCUUCUUCAAAAUAGUUAUUAGCACGGACGCUUUUUCUUGUACGGACUGAUGAACACGGGAAAUGAUUCAAAUGAGUAGUAUGGAUAUGCUGAAGGAGGCGGCGCAGGCUGCCAUUGCACUGGCGAUUUCUUGUAUUUAGGACUACUUGACCGGAGUUAAAGAAUAAUGCUCUCUCCACACAGAUUCUCUUCUGUAGGCAAUAUUUCCAGAUCCAAUAGGGUCCCCGUCGCCCAAAAUUAGACAGGAUGAAUGCAGCAAACAAUCGGCAGGAUGUUACUUUUCUGCUUAAUGAAAUGCGGUGUGUAGCACAUGUGGUAUAUCUGAUGUCCCGUCUACUUGGAGAUAACGUAAACGUAUAACAUUCAAAUAUUAAACUGUUGUGGUGG